AUGGAAGACGCUACCUGGAAAGAGACCCGACCAGGCCGUUGGGAGCGCGCGCAAACAUACCUCGAGAGGAUAAACAUACUUACCCGAAACGUUCCAAACGCCAUUGGCCGCGACAACUGGGCCAAGAAUGCAGUAGCGAAACUCGAGUUCCAUCCCGACAUCAAAGAUCCUGCGGGCUACCUCCGGACUGCUUGGAAACAAGUUCGCUACAACCAUCCGGAGAUUGCCGCUUUUCCAUACAACGGUCGAUAUAUUUACCGCGUCGGAGACGAACCUUCAAUCGCUUUGUGGGUUUCGGCAACAUUCUCCGUUGCUGAGGGCAAAACCGUUGACGAACUGCUGGGCCGGAUCCCAAGGAACGAACAGAUGAUGUGCUACUUCCUUCCCGACACAUCCGAAGUCAUGAUCUGGUCCCCUCACUACCGUGUCGACGCUCGCGGCGCCAUCUUCUGCCUCAACCACCUCGUUGAGUCUCUGGCUAACAUGAACCCCAACCUAGUCUUUGGGGGGUGUGCCAAGAAUUUGACCCCGAGCAUGGAGUUGACGCUUGGUAUCGGGCACGAGGAAACACCAGAACUUGUAGCGCAAGCCGAAAGCCGUCUCGCAGCACUAGAGCCUCACAAGCCAGCUCUAGAACUGACACCCACUAUCAAAGCGCAGAGGCCGGGAUACACUCAACGGCACUUUAUCAAGUUUUCCAAGCGGGAUACAAGGACCGUCUUCGAUAGUUGCGAGACUUCAGCUCUCGCUAUUGACAUCGCUCUGCAUGCCGCCCUCAUCAGCUCCGUUGCAAAACUCGCACAAACAAAGGAAGCGCGAAGCUUCAUGGCCUCUUUCCACUCCAACCUCCGCACACUGAUUCCAGAAGGCGCAGCUCCUGAGAAUUCGCCCACGAGCUAUACCAGCGUCAUCACUACGGAGGUCAUCGUCUCGCCGCAAACCAACUUCGACUCCUACUAUUCUCAACUCGCACCCGUCUAUGCUGCCGGCUAUGCACCGUACUUGCCCUCGUCACCCUUCUUCCACAAGCGCCUCGAAGAAACGCUGCUUGGUUCCAACCACGGCAAGAAAGGCGAGGCGGACGGACAAUUGCAGCCGCGCUUUGCAUUCCUUGGCGAAGUAGAUGAGCAAGUCUCCAAGAACGUCGGCGACGGACUGGUCAAAGUCAAGGACUUCUGGCUAGGUGCCGAGACCCUGACGAUGCGCAUGAUGGUGCACACGUGGAUAUGGGAGGGCCAACUCGUCCUCAGCGUCUGCUUUAACGAAAGCUAUUGGGAUAGGGAUCAGGCGGCUAGCCUGCUUGGUGGCAUGCAAGAUGCGUUGAUGGAGGUUGCGCUGAGGAAGAUAUCGAGAGUUGACAGUGUAUCAGGUACUUACGAUACCAAGCAACGCAAAAUGUCGGCACAACAAGAGUCUCUCAGCCACUGGGUCACCAAACUCAACGAUACUCUAUUCAUCCAGCCCAACGAUGAACUUGCUCUCGAGGCCAUCAACGACCAGGUCGAUCAAAGUCUUGUGACCAAAAUCAAUCACGAAGUUUACAAUUACGACCAAUUCAAACAAGGCCUACAGUACGUUCGUAGCACUUGUAUCUCGAUCCAAGACGAGUUCUCCAUUGUACUGCAGUGGGAGAACAAGGAGAAGCCAGAUGGUGUGGUAGCGGUUCUAAGCAAGUGGAGGACCAAAGACAAGGCGUCGGGCAAGGAGACUACAAAGUCUAAUGUGAUACUUUGGGAGGUUAAAUGGAUCGAUGGGAAGCGCAAACUUACAGGCCAAACAGAGGUCGAAGUCGCGUGA